UUAGUGGGCUGUGUCUAUGAGAUGAGUCAUCAUCAAUGCAUGUGCAUAUCCCUUAAUGGCCCAGCUUUAACAACAAGCAAACAGGCAAAGUAAAGGGACGACCCUUAUUAAGCAUUCAAAGUCCAUGCAAUCUUUUAUUGUCUACAGUCAGCUGUGCCUUCUGUUAAUCAUUACCCAGCUCUGCAGAAUGAUCAUAGAAGAUUAACUUCUCAUCUGAAGUCAUCAGCAAUGCUGUGGCUGCGUUAUGUGGUGGAUUAAAGGCUUUAUGCAUAAUGUGUAACAGUGGUCAGGAGAAGAGGGGAAUCAGAUGAGGAAGAAUUUUGAAGACAUGCCCACCUACAAGCCAAGGGUGAUUUCGCUGACCAAGAGUCCUGGCCAGACGUUUGGCUUCUAUCUGAGAGUGGAGAAGAAUGAGGAAGGUCACCUGAUCCGCUGCCUGGAAAUGGGAGGCCCAGCUGAACUGGCUGGUAUGAGAGACGGAGACCGCAUCCUCCGGGUCAAUGGAACAUUUGUUGAUGGGCUGCCCCACUCAGAGGUGGUUGAGCUGGUGAGGAAUGGCGGAGCGUCUGUCACAUUUCACAUCCUGGAUGAAUCAUCUUACAAGCAAGCAAAAUCUUUGGGGGUUAAUCUUUCUGACCCCCAAUCCACACCGGUUGCCAAUGGUGCUGCCAAGGAGACUCCAAAACCAAAACUCUGCUACCUGGUCAAAUCUAGCUCAGGAUUUGGCUUUUCUCUUCGCUCAGUAAGAGGCGAGCAGGGACUGUUCAUGACUGAGGUGUUGCCAGGCGGAGUAGCAGACAACGCCGGAGUGAGAAACGAAGACCGUCUGCUCGAGGUCAACGGGGAGAACAUAGAAAACUCCACACAUGAUGAAGUGGUAGAAAAGAUCAAACUGGGAGGAAAAAACGUCAUGUUUCUGCUUGUCGACAAGGAAACAGACAGGCUCUAUCGCAACAAAAAAGCCAAGAUAGGGGCGUGGUCUCCAACAGUUAAAUUUCUCCCCCAGCAACCGCACUUCAUCAACAUGACCAAAGGACCAGAUGGAUAUGGUUUCCUGCUCAGAGAGGAACCUAACCAAUCAGGACACUUUGUAAAGGACAUAGAGAAAGGCAGCCCAGCAGAAAAAGCCGGUCUGAGGGAAAUGGACAGAGUUGUCGCUGUGAAUGGGAAGGAGGUGGACAGUUGCAGCCAUGAUCAGGUGGUGGACAGGAUCAGGCAAUGUAGCAACAAAUGCUGCUUACUUGUGGUGGACAAAGACACGGACCAAAUGUACAAGCAGGGUAAAGUGUCUCCAAUGCUCUUCUGGGAGGAGAUGAAAGAUUCCAACUCCCCACCCAGUUACACUGAAGCUUUGAGCUUACCUGGCCCUGUCCAACCAUCCCCGUCUGUGAAAGACAGGGAGGAGGAGCUGAAACCCAAACUGUGCAGGAUGGAGAAGACCCCUGCCGGCUAUGGCUUUCACCUAAACGGCGUCGAAGGGGUGCAUGGCCAAUAUAUCGCAGAGGUGGUGAAGGGCGGCGCAGCAGAUGUGGCCGGUCUGGAGAAUGAAGACAUUGUGAUAGAGGUGAACGGGGAGAACGUGGAGCAGAGCACCCAUGCUGAGGCGGUGGAAAUGAUCCGCAAAAGUGGCAACUCUCUGGAGAUGUUGGUGGCUAGCAGGAAUGUCUACAAGCAGCUCAAAGCCAAAGGUGUGACAAUCACACCCGCUCUCCUUGGGGAAACGUCCAGGGAUGAGGCUCGCAUAGCGGAGACCCCUGAACCCAACAGAAAGGGGGGACAGGAGACAAAGAAGGAGGAGGAGGUCCGGCCUGAGACGCCACCUCAGCGGGAGAGACAGAGGACACCCUCUACAUCAUCCUCUUCAUCUGAAGACAGCGUCGAUGAGAAAUUCUGAGAAGGCUCCCGAAGGAAAACAUCCCUGAUGUGGCCAAAUCUGAUGAUUUUCUUUUUUGACAAUGCACUCCAUGAGCUUCAUUGAUUCAGAAGGAAACACCGUAAGAGAUGGAAAUGAAAAAAAAUCACAGCACGGGGAGUUAAAACGUUCCCCCCAAAAAUCUGAUCCAUAGCAGAACAGCUGUUUAUCGAACUGAUAGAAAAAAACGUGUUGUUCCUUUAAGAAACAUCUGCAGUGCCCUCAACAUUUACUGGAACGCCUAAGAGCAGCUGAAAAGGAUUGUAAACUUUUACUUUUCUUUCAGUAGCAUAAUAUCAACCUUUAAUUUGCAUACAUGUAUUCCUUCAGGCGGGUGAUGGAGUGCUUCAGAUAAAUUUGCCAGCGGAACAAAUCCCCCAAAAAAAACAGGCAUCUGUUGCAUAUUUAUAAAGGCUUUACUGUUUUAUAUGAUCAGAUGGGAAUUUUAAAUUAGUAAUCCAUGACUUCCUGUUUGUUUAACAUAUAAAACAACAAUGCAGCAACGAGACCUGUCUUUCUUAGCCACUCUUCAAUAUGAAAAGGUAAGAAAACAGGAAAUUUAACACAGAUUAACUGUAUUUCCAUCUUCACAACACAGACAACGGCUACAAGACAGUUACUCACCUAAAUAAGUCCACAUAUAGUCAAAACAAUAUUUAAUAAGUUCCAAACAAAAAGGGCCGUGAAAAAAACAAAGCUGGAUAAAACCAAACAUUAUCUCGCUACUGCACACAAUAAGUAGGAGCAUAAGGGAGGCCAACUACUGAGGUAAAAGAGCACCUUAUCUUAACACUUUUUACCAGAGGUGCCAAUAAAUGUGGAGGGCUCUGUAAAUUUAUUUUAUCAACUCGUGUAUUAAUGAGUAGCCUCUUUUACAAACCUGAGAUAAUGUUAAAUCUUCUACUUAUGGAGUAAAUAGUUGACUUUCAAGCAUUUUCCUUCCUUUACACAUUCUGUUGUCUUUAUUUAAUGUUGAAAAAAGUUCACAUUUCUUACAGAAAAUAAAAAUUCAAGUCAACACGCUUC